CCGGUCACCUGACCUCUGCCAGGCCCGGCUCUGGGGGCCAAGAUGGCCGCUUACCUGCAGUGGCGCCGCUUCGUGUUCUUUGACAGGGAGACGGUGAAGGAGCCGGCCGGGCCCGACGGGGGAGCAGCCGGCGGGGGGAAGCCCUUCGCCCUUCCGCCGGGCGUCACCGUCUGCGACUCGGGCAGAGGCAGCCUGGUGUUCGGGGAUAUGGAAGGUCAGAUCUGGUUCUUGUCACGCUCUCUUCAGCUUAGCAGUUUCCAGGCUUACAAGCUGAGGGUGACUCACUUGUACCAGCUGAAGCAGCACAGCAUCUUGGCUUCUGUUGGUGAAGAUGAAGAAGGCAUUAACCCGCUGGUUAAAGUCUGGAACUUAGAGAAACGAGAUGGUGGGAAUCCUCUUUGCACAAGGAUUUUCCCAGCAAUACCGGGUAACAAACCUACAGUUGUGUCCUGCCUAACUGUCCAUGAGAAUCUUAACUUCAUGGCUAUUGGGCGUCCAGGGCUGCUUAAUGCAGCUUCUAACUUCGCAAAGGUAGCCACUGCCUCGUUGUAUCGUUAUGCCAACCUGUAUAGGUCUAUUCGACAGCAUUUGAGUGGAGAGACCAAGGUCUGUGGGCCUUACGACAUUUACCUGAUGCUGUUCAAAAAGAACCUGUUUGAAAUGGCUAUUAACCUGGCCAAGAGUCACCACUUGGACAACGAUGGCUUAUCAGAGAUUUUCAGGCAAUAUGGAGAUCAUCUGUACAACAAAGGGAACCAUGAUGGAGCCAUUCAGCAGUAUAUACGGAGACCCUGUGCAUCUCUUGAGGGUAACAGAGGCAGCAAGGGAGCAGAUGCUGCAAGUAUCUGGGUACAGGCCUGGUCCUUAUGCUGCAAUGCCGUGUGCUGCAAUGAUGUCAGCAACGUUAAUACUGGAGUGUGCUGGAAAUGGAGACUUCAUGUCACUUUUCUCUCAAGAACCAUUGGGAAGCUAGAGCCAUCUUACGUGAUCCGGAAGUUCUUAGAUGCUCAGCGUAUACACAAUCUGACUGCGUACUUGCAGACACUCCACCUACAGUCCCUUGCCAACGCAGACCACACCACCCUGCUGCUAAACUGCUACACCAAACUCAAAGACAGCUCCAAACUGGAGGAGUUCAUCAAGACCAGUGAGAGUGAGGUCCACUUUGAUGUGGAGACAGCAAUCAAGGUACUCCGUCAAGCAGGUUACUUAUCCCAUGCUGUGUACCUGGCAGAGAAGCAUGCACACCAUGAAUGGUUCCUCAAAAUCCAGCUGGAGGACAUCAAGAAUUACCAGGAGGCCUUGCAGUAUAUUGGCAAGCUGCCCUUUGACCAGGCAGAAAGUAACAUGAAGCGGUAUGGCAAAAUCCUGAUGCACCAUGUCCCCACUGAGACCACGGAACUGCUGAAGAUCCUGUGCACGGACUACCGGCCAACGGGAGACCGUGAAUGCUCUGGGAUGCUGGAGGGGAAAAAGGCUAAUUCUGAGGAGUUCAUUCCAGUCUUUGCAAACAACUCCCGGGAGCUGAAGGCUUUUCUGGAGCACAUGACAGAGGUGCAGUCUGACUCUCCCCAGGGCGUCUAUGACACACUGCUGGAACUUCGACUCCAGAACUGGGCACAUGAACAGGAUCUGCAGAUCAAAGAGAAGCUGCACAGUGAAGCCAUCACCCUGCUGAAGAGUGGAAGGUUUAGAACAGUUUUCCAUAAGGCUUUGGUACUGUGUCAGAUGCACAACUUCAAGGAUGGUGUCCUCUAUCUUUACGAACAGGGCAAACUUUUCCAACAGAUUAUGCAUUAUCACAUGCAAAAUGAGCAGUACAGGAAGGUGAUUGAGGUGUGCGAGUUAUAUGGAGACCAAGAGACCUGUCUCUGGGAACAGGCCCUCAGUUAUUUUGCCCGGAAAGAAGAGGACUGCAAGGAAUACAUCACAGCGGUACUGAAGCAUAUUGAAAACAAGAACCUCAUGCCUCCACUGCUCGUUGUGCAGACUCUGGCUCAUAACUCCACGGCCACGCUGUCUGUGAUUAAGGAUUAUCUUGUCAACAAGCUGCAGAAGCAGAGCCGCCAGAUUGAGCAGGAUGAGCAGAGGAUUCAGAAAUAUCGUGAAGAGACCACAAGGAUCCGCCAGGAGAUUGAAGACCUCAAAACCAGUCCCAAAAUCUUCCAGAAAACAAAGUGCAGCAUCUGUACAAGUGCCCUGGAGCUGCCUUCAGUCCACUUCCUGUGUGGUCAUUCCUUUCACCAGCACUGCUUUGAGAGCUACUCAGAGAGCGAUUCAGAAUGUCCCACCUGCAUGCCAGAGAACCGAAAGGUCACAGAUAUGAUCCGAACCCAAGAACAGAAGAGAGAUCUGCAUGAUCAGUUUCAGCAUCAGCUCAAGUGCUCUAAUGAUGGCUUCUCUGUUGUUGCUGAUUACUUUGGUCGUGGGGUUUUCAACAAGCUCACUCUCAUCACGGAUCUGCCCCCAGGCAAAUCAGCCACAACUAUUGAGGCUGGCCUGCAGAGGGAACUCCUCAUACACACAAAACGCAGCACCUAAAGCCAUUCCUUCCCUGGGAUGCCUCCCUUGUGGAUCUUGUACUAUACUUAUCUUGAAGACUCUGUAAAUUAGUUGCUUCCUGAUGUCUUUCAACCCCUCCAAUGAACUGGGAUGGAACUUGACUGGAGAGGACAUGAGCUCAAGUGGCUAUAAAACUACCGUGUUGUUGGGAUAUAUAUGAUGCAAAGAACAGUGCACUUUCUGGGAGGGUUUGAGUACAGGUCAUGGUGCAUAGCACCCCUCUGACAGCCUCACAGUGCCUUAAGCCCUGGGCACACUAACCUGUCUGCAACUCUACAGGGCAAUCUCUGGUGUCACAUUUGCACAGCACAAAGCCUUUUGCAGCAGGUUUCUGCUGGGCAGUAACUGAUUGUCCUGUGGGCUGGGUUAGCCAGUGUUGCAGCUAAUUACCACUACACUAGCUUGGCAGAACAGAAGGCUAUGGAAAAUAUUUGGGUUUCUUGCCCAAUGAUCAAGUGUUGUGUGAUGUGCUUGUCUUGGUUUUUUUGUUGAUUUGUUUUUUAAUUUGGUUGUUUGUAGACCAGAGAUAAAGUCCGGUGAUCACUGAUGGAAAAUCAAGUGUUUGGGGCCAGAUGGUCUUUUAGGGGUGUAAUUGCUUCAUUUGGUUGCUCUGAGAUACAUUUAUGUAAUGAAGAAUGGCCUAGUAGGCAUGUAGAUAGAAAUUCAACUAAAAUGUGAGUUCAGAAUUUCUUCUGGCAGCUGCUUGACCCAUGUUUCACCUGUAUUAAAAAUGACCUCACACAAAUUCAGUUGUGCUGUAACUGUCUUUUAAUUUAAAGGUUAGAAUUGCUUACUAUAAGACAUUUCUUAUGUACAUACUUUGAAUUUAUGCAUGUUUUGUAGCUCAAAGAAAUGAGAACAUAGACUUUUUCUUAAUGUGAA